UUCACCUUGCUCCCGGACUACAACGCGAACACGCGUUUGUCGUUCCCGGAGACAUUUGAUGCUCACCAUGACGGACAACGCGUUAGCCAAUGGACGCCUUCCCCGCGCGAACGGCACAGGAGGCCAAGGCCGCAUUCCGUUCAAGAGCAAGAAGCGGAUCGCCACCGCUGGACACGGUAGCGACGCAGAACGCGGGGAGCGUAGUGGCCACCGUAGGAGAUCCAGCGGAAGGAGUAGAAGCAACGGAUCGGCAUCACCGCACUUAGUCGUUCCGGAAGCUCACCAUGACGGCGGUGCAAGCGGCACCGAAGACGAUCGCAGCGCAGAAGAGGACGCUGGCGCGGAGGAGAGUGAUCACCUCGAUGCUGAUGCAGAUAUGGUGGAUUCUGAUUCGCACGAGAAACGCGAACGGGGUUGGCGAGAGCUCGUGAAAGCACGCGAAGACGAGCGGAAGAAAGCCAUUGCUGAAGGGAAGAUGGACGAUCCGAAAGUUCCGAAGCGAUUGGAAGAAGCCAUCACAAUGGUUGGGACAUGCCAGGACAUGUGCCCAAGGUUCGAGCGAUACCGACGUGAGAGGGAGAAUAACCUGGACAAGUGGGAGGUGUUACCGGGGACAAAACGAGUCGACCACGGACGAGCAGUCAAGAUCUAUGAGCGUGCGGCAGGAGACAAGACGCUGCCUUCAGAUCUGCGGCCGCCUGCAGUUCUCAAGAAAACGCUUGAUUACUUAUUUCACGAUCUUAUUGAGAGGGGCGGAUUCUCCCAGACAUACGAAUUCAUUCGUGACCGUUCCCGCGCAGUCCGCAACGACUUCACGAUGCAACAUGAACGCGGUGCCAUUGCCAUCGAAUGCCACGACCGCUGUGCCCGCUUCCAUAUUCUAGCUAUUCAUCUAGAACGAGACAAUCCAGCUUUCUCUCUGCAGAUGGAGGAGCAACAGCUGGCAAACACACUUCAAAGCCUGAAAGAGUUCUAUGAAGACCAGCGUGGUAAAUAUCAAGCACCAACAGAGCUUGAGAUGCGCGUAUAUGGUCGUCUGCUCCACAUCCGCAACCAAGUGGAACGAGGCGAGGUCAUUCCUGAGGAGAUUACAUCCAAUCCGAUCUUCCAGUACACGACGGACUUCCGCAAACGCGUACAGGCCGUGAGCGUGCCAAUCACGAAGACCUCACCUCUGGUGGCUGACAGUGAAGCGAUGAAGAUCUUCGCGAAGCUCGACGCAGUGCUCACACAGCAGGGCAAUACCGUGAUGAUAUACCUUGUUGCUUGUAUAUUAGAGCGGCACUUCGGUCCAAUGGCCAUCCUCAACAUCGAAGGGUUGCGCGGCGACCUUACCAUCCCGGAAAUUAUUGACGGUGUCUCUAGGCCAGCGAGGGUGCGAGCUGCACCUGGACUGUCUGUGUCUAGUCCUAGCGCUUCAGUGUCUAACGCACAGGCCAUUUCCUCCGAAUCGUUUACAUCGAACACGCCUGCAUUCGGUGCUUACACUGGAGAUACCUUGAAACCCAUUGCUAGUACCUCUAAAGUCAACCCCUCGGGGUCUAUGCGCUUCGCGUCCGCCGAAGACGCUCGUGCAUGGUCUAGAUCUGCUGUUAUUCCCAGCUGGUCGGAGAGUCCUGCACAGAAUAUCCCUUCCUCUGAUACUGGCGGCGUGUCGAUGCCCAUCAGCACACCGACGCCGGCCAAGUCUGCAUUCAGCAAUAUCUUAUCGACGUCAAAUGCAUUCAAUGCCACUAGUUCAGUCACACCCCCGGCGACAUCUGCCCCGGCCAAGUCUGCCUUUGCUACUUUGGCAUCUACGCCAAACGCAUUCGGGAUUUCCUUUGCAACGUCAUCUUCAGGCUCGGUGAUUAGCAAUGACACGCCUAAGUCAGCCUUUGCACCUCCUGCAGUUCCCCCGCCAUUACAACCUUCCGUCGCUAUUUCCUCCUCUCAAUCAGCACCGUCAACGUUGAGUGGCUCAAUCGUUACGACGACCGCUGAGUACUCCUUGCAACCCAGCCGAUCGGCAGUCUUCCAAAGCACAUCUGCGACCGCGACUACAGCCAUUACUGCGACACCUGCUGCCGCGGUUACCGAGCCGAAGUCCUUGAAUCCUGCCGCACCGUCCUUCCAGCAUACAAGGGCUUUACCAUAUCCUGUCAAAGCGACGCCGCCCCCAUCGAGCGCACCGUCACCGCCCGUUUUCCCCUCUGCCUCUAUCGAGACUACUCCCGCACGAUCGGGGCCGGCCGUUCCACCAUAUCCUUUUAAAUUUCCACAACCGUCGGCCUAUGCUGCACCCUCUGGUGUAUUCUCUACAUCAGCAUCUUUCAUACCCCCGCCAGCCUGGUCCACGCCCACUCAAGAAACUCAGGCAGAAGGCUCUGUCACACCACGAAUAGUCGAGAGGCGGCAAACAUUGUGGGACAUUCCCAGUUCCGUAUCGCCUCAAUCACGAGUGGAGACUCCUGCUGAACCCAUCUCGACUCCUGCAGAACGGCCACUGACCGUCCAACGUCCAGAAUUGACUCCUUUGGCGCCGCCAAUGUUAGAGAAGAUCCAGCCCGUGGCACUUCCUCCUACACCAACAUCGCGAUGGUUUGACUCCGGCUCGCAAAGACCUUCCUUUCUUCAAGGCAGGAAGAAGUCACUCCAAAGUUUUCCUACACUCCAGAUGCCUGGGACUCCGUCGUCUGCAGAGAUAUUGAGCCCACUUCAACUCAAUACUCCUGUAACGUCGAAAUCAUUUUUCUCAGUGACUGCUGAAAGUUCAACAUCUCAAGAGCCGAGCACUCCGUCGACAUCGCGUGUCCGAGCGACAUACCUUGAAGGAACUGUUGGGGAAUCUCAGAUGAACGGGGAAGUUCGGCCUAGCCCAAUCAGCAAGGCUGCAGGAGAAGAGCUCAAACAGAAGGCAUCCUUGUUUCGAUGUAGACUGCUGAAGAGGUCACUUAGACGUUGGAAAGAAAAGGCAAAUGAUCGUCUCGAAGCUAUGGGUGCCUUUGAGAGGAGCGAAAUCUACAAGGCGAAGCUUCAUCGAGAACGCUUAUCCAGCAGUUACAGCACAGGUUCCAUCGCAAGUAGAUCAAAUCACGAGCCAAACAAAAGGAGAAGGGUAUCUUCUAUAGAACCCGGCCGAUCUAGACGUCCUACCGGGCGUAUAGAGGGAAUACAUCUCUGGCCUUUCACGGAUAAAGACCUGGCGAAACGAUUCAAAGAGACUCAAGAAGAACAUGAGCGUCGAUGGGCCCGAGGAUCUUUCUUGCGGUCCAUUCGCCAGCAUGUGACGGUCUCGUCGCCGGGAGGUCAGCCUUCAUCCGAAUGGCGUUUGUGGUUAUCUAUGAAUCCAGUGCACGAUGGAACUGCGAUUUGGCUGGAGCAUAAAUUUGACGUUCCUGCCUCGGGCACGUGGGACUCGGAGAAAACCUUCUCCAUACCCGCGAUACCCAACGCACAUCGCUCGAUAUCACGCGGAUCCCCUGGUCUCAUUGUCUUUGAAUGCACGCCUCUCAAUGACCUACAAGAUGAUCUCGAAAAAAAAUACCGCGUACUGGAUGAUUGUUCACGUCUACGUGAUAUUAUCAAGAAUCUUCCUGCUGCGGAACACUUACGAUUCACUCCAACUCUGGUGGUUCUGCAAUGGUCAGCGGAGAAGGAGAAUGAGGCUGCUCAGGACUUCGUUAAUAUGGCCAAGAAGAAAGUUAAUCAGGGUGUUCUACGGGAUGUUUCCACCUUCAUGAUACCGUCGACAACAACAGAUUUGGACAGCAAGUUCCAAGAGUACCUAGGGACUGUGCAGUUCGAUCUGAAUGAUCGGCACUCGGUGACUAUCGGAUGGAGAGAUUUGGUCAAUAAUUUCACUGUUCCGUAUGCAGCUGCUGUCGCGGAUUGGCUGGAGUCAUGUUGGGUCAACCAGAAGUUGGAUGGAGCUCGUUAUGGCGAAGUCGUGAGGAUCGUCAAGGAGCUUCAGGAGGAAGUCGCGCGUUCCAUUUUGAAGGUGGUCGGUCGUGCCUCAGAUAACAUGGCACCUGCGUCGACAGAUUUCGAUUCGGCCGCUGCGCUCGGCAAAGAUCAAAUGCUAGGACCUUUCCUCGACCAGGUUAUGGAAGAACCCGUGAAUAUCGCGGAGCAUACAGCUGGGAUACAUUCAACUUCCCGCUUCUUGCUACCCAAGGCUCGGCUGGAAGAUGCUGUCGAACAGCUAGAGUCGAUCCUUGAAUGUCGCCGCGAGAGCCUGUUUGCAGUUUUGGCCCCUCCUCCGCCGGCCCCUUCUCCGCCGGUUCGUCAGCCCUCGCCCGGGAAACGGGCGGCAGAAGAAGACGAUAUCAGCGAACGAUUGAUGGCAUCUAUAUCGCGCAAAAGGAUGAGAGCGGACAGUUUUCCCGGCAUUGACGAGAGUGUUUCUGCUGAGAAUGCUGCGUUCCUGUCAUCACCAUCACCAGCAUCGACGUCUUCUGUGGGUGGUUCGGAAAAACCACGUGUCACUGCUGCUAUGCUCCGCUCUCUCGCUCGGGAUGUAUUGAAAACACAUGGAGGCAAACGGACGUGAAAGCGGAUUUAAAGAUGUUAACUAACUAACACCUCUUCGUUGCUCAGAAGAGGCGAUUUCACUGUUCACUCUAUCUUGCUCCCGGGACUAUACGUUCUGUUCAAUCAUCAUCUGCUGUAACAUCUCGCAAUCAUCGCAUUUCAAUUCCGUCUGUUUUGUUCGUUGUCUGUUAAUGUAGUAGUCGUGUUGGAAGUUAUAGGAUCAGAGGCUCGAGUUCAACUUCUGUGAGAUGCACUGCUCGUUAAGGCGGCUGCUCAGUGGCACAUCGCAUCCGCACGAUGCUCGCUCUGUAUGUUCAAAUGCAUCCCUUCGCCUCACUUGCUUUGAGAUUUCUGAAACAUAGCACGCGUUGUCGAUGUUGCAUAUACUAUAUAUAUAACG